UGUUGCAGAUAAGCUUGGUGCAGCCGGCUGACCCCAGGCCCUCGUUGCACCUCCCAUGUCGCAGGAUCAAAUCCUCAAAAGGGACAACCUGUCCACCGUGCCCAGCCCCCAACACCUCAUAAACACACCGGGCCCCUGUCCGGCGCCUUGCCCUGGCCUGCUUUCUCCAAACCACUCCUGCACCAGGACAGCUCCCCGAGGCUGCAUCCCUGAGGCUGGGGGCGCGACUCGGCUCCGCCCCGGACCUGCAACUUGACCCACGCUGCGACCCCUUGCUCUGACGUCUUGGAAAAUUCCCCCCUGCCCAGGUCCCGGGGGAGGGGGUGCAUGGUAUGAAAUGGGUCUGAGACCCCCGACUAGGGCCAGAGGAACCCGCUGGAGAUCAUUCCAAACGAGUGCCUAUGGACGUGUGGAGCUGCGAUGAGACCGCACCACAGGAGGUGCCCCCAGGGAACAAGCUGGCAGGGCUCGAAGGAGCCGAACUUGGCUUCUACUUCCCCGAACUGACAUUCCAACCAGACACAGCAACAAUCGAAACGUGCUGGAAAGGUGGCUCUUUGAUCCUGUCCUUCGCAGGGUUCCCGGAGCUAGACUGGAGCCCCGCGAUACCAUAUCCAGAAUAUGCAUGGGGAGCAGAUCUCGGACCUCAGCCCCCUACGUGGUCCGGAGACUGCACAGACCUGGCAGGCACUGCCCGGGACCCUUGCAGCCUGGUCUCGCACACCCUACAGCCCGCCCUCACCGGCCCGGGCCACGCCCCCUUCUCUGGUUCUGGAGGGGCGGCGGGCCAGAACAGUGCCACCUCGUGGUCGCGGGCCCAGGCCGCCAGGAGCGCUGCGAGCUGGGACUAUUCUGUCGUCCCCAACGGCGUCACCUACUGGGACAAUGGCCUCUACGGGGACCCUCGCUCAGACUAUACCAUGUCGUGGGGCGAGCCUGCGGGUUCGGAUUGUACCACCUCAUGGAACCUGAGGCUGCAUGCAGGUUGCAGCCUCUCUUCCAGCGGGCACCAGAGUUCAGCUCUCAACACCUCCUCCGAACCAAGGCAGCAGUCGGACCGUGCUACCUCAAAUAGUUACCCCAAAGCGAACCACCGAGGUCCCAUUCAGCUGUGGCAGUUUCUCCUGGAGCUCUUGCACGACGAGGCGCGUAGCAGCUGCAUCCGCUGGACUGGCAACAGCCGCGAGUUCCAGCUGUGCGACCCCAAAGAGGUAGCGCGGCUGUGGGGCGAGCGCAAGAGGAAGCCGGGCAUGAAUUAUGAGAAGCUGAGCCGAGGCCUGCGUUACUACUACCGCCGCGACAUUGUGCAAAAGAGCGGUGGGCGCAAGUACACAUACCGCUUCGGGGACCGCGUACCUGGUUUGGCCUCUUCGGACUGUUCGAGGGUUGGGCAGGGAGCAGAGAUCUAA